AUGCUGGCUUUGCUGCAGGUCGCAGAGGAGCUCUCCGAGCAGCCCACCGUCGGCCGGACCUACUCGCCGCGGGUGAAGGAGCUCUCCGAGCAGCCCACCGUCGGCAGGACCUACUCGCCGCGGGUGAAGGAGGUCGAGCACCAGGACUGUGGCGGCUCCGCCGCGGCGGCGGUGCGCCUCGCGUGGGAGGAGGGUCUGACGCUGCUCCGCUCCAACAACGGCUCUGGCUACCAGGGCGUCCUCCGGGACUCCAACACGUACGGCCUAAAGAACCCUUUCCGGGUGCAAGUCCGGCGCGGAGGGCGACGUGUCACACUCGGCCGCUUCGCCUCCGCCGAGGAGGCGGCCCUCUGCUACGCCCGCUUCCACCCGAGCCAGGCAGUGGCGGUGCCGGGAGGGCUAGGGUCCGAGCCUCCGGUCGUCCCGCCGGAAGGGGCCGAGCCGCCGGUCGCGCCCAAGCCGCCGAAGCCUCCAAAGUGGUCGCGCCAGGUUUCCGAUCCGCCGUUGCCCGAGCGCGACGCGGCGACGACCGACCUGAAGCUGUGGGGCGGCGCUCACGCCGCCGGCUGGCGCGUCCGCGAGGCGUGGCCCAACGCGGCGAAGCACGGGCACUGGGCGUACAUCUCCCCGCCCGACUGCCCCCUCGCCGGCGCCGCGUACAGCUCGUGCGCCUCCGCCGCAGAGGCGUGGCUGAGGCGCGGCCAGCCGUCGGUGCAGAAGCCGCCGCCGCCGCCGCAGUUCACGGUGCGCGACGAGCCUUGGAGCAAGGAGGAGGACGAGAAGAUCCUUGCGCUGGUGCGCACGCACGGCCGCAAGUGGCGGCUGAUCGGCGCGGAGAUGCCCCACCGCAGCUGCGACGCGCUCCGCAACCGGUACGACCGGCUCUCGCUCUCCGACGGCCGCAAGGCGGAGCAGCAGCAGCAGCCGGCGGCGCAGCAGCCGGUGAGGAACGCGGUGGUGGAGGCGUUCGUGUCGCCGCCGCCGGCCAACAUGGCGCCGCCCCACCCGCGCAGCUUCGAGCGCGCCGCGGCCGCCGUCCUCUCGCCGCCGCAGCCCAGCACGAGCGAGCGCAAGGCCCUCCUCGACUGCCUCAACGCAUCUCCCGCAACCGCUCUGCCGCCCGCGCCGCCAUCCGCGCCGCCAUCCGCGCCGCCGUCCGCGCCACCGCCCGCGCCGCCUCCGCCCGCACAGCCCGCCGGCCACUGGCUGCUGGCCGCCGUGGCGACGCGCCAAGCGAGCGCGAGCGAGGAGGAGGAGGGGGCAGAGGCGGCGCCGGAGGAGGAGAAGGAGAAUGCGGCGCCGGAGGAGAAGCCGGCAGAGGAGAAGCCGGCGGAGGGGGAGGAGGAGGUGGGCGCUGCGCCGGAGGGACCGCCCCCCUGCAAGAAGCGGCGGGUGGCGGUCCCGGGGGAGGCCUCGUCGUCGGGCGAGCACACGCCCUCACCAAGCGCAAGGCUGCCCCCGGGCAGCCGCGGGAGCGACGGCCGCGGCGAGGCGGAACGGCGCGCGCAGCCCUUCCAGUCGCCGCCCCUCGCCGCCACCGGCUGCGGCAACAAGCGGACGAGCCGCAAUCCCGACGCCCUCCCGCCGACGCCAGAGGGCGGCGGACUAGCGCCCGCGGCGGCGGCGGCGGGGCUGACGUUCUCGAGCGAGGCGGAGCGGGCGGGCUACCAGCGGCAUUGCGCCCUGUGGCAGGAGCAGAGGUGCGCCUACAUGUCGCACGACGCCUAG